AUGGCAGUUAUUGGGUAUUUCAUCUCAGCGGAUUUCCGGUUUUGCGAGGCCCUUCUUGGUUUUUCUCCAUUGGAAGGAUCUCAUUCUGGGGAUCGUCUUGGAUCUGUGCUCUUGAAAAUAUUGGGAAAGCAUGAUCUGUCUCAUCGCCUCCUUGGCAUUACAACGGACAAUGCUGGAAACAAUGGGACAAUGUUUGUCUACAUCACAGAUUCCCUUGCCCAGACUUUAGAUCCAGAUGUUGCUCAUGGCUUGCAAGACGCUUUGAACACACAUGACUUCUUUGAGCAUGCCAUGGACAGUGGCCUACAAGCCAUUCUUAGCACUCCACACCAUCUUCCAUGUCUUACACAUGUCAUACAACUUGCUGUCAAUGCCUUUUUGCGUGAGCUAAAGAUCGAUGCCAAAAAUGAUGAUGUUGUUGGCAUCCGCUGGAAUGAUGAUGAUAAAAACCUGAGAGAAAAAGGAUUGACUCGUACUCUCGAAAAAUGCGAUAUGUUAAUGCCAGCCCUCAACGUCGGGAAAGCUUUCGACGAUAUCAGCGAAUGGAUUCACACAAUACUAAAACACUUGGUCUUCUUCUAG